GACAAGGCAAAAAGACACACACAAAAAAACAAAAAACAAAAAAAAAGCAUUUGUUUUCCGGAGUACCUGGGAUGUGGUGAUUUUUUAAAGCAUUGCUAUCAAGUUAAAGGAGAAAAUGUUUUCAUGUUACCCUAGUAAGGUCAUAGCUUUAAGUGUGAAGAUGGCAGCUUUGUUUGCUUGCUUGCUUUUGUUUUCAUGAUAAAUAUUGUUUUUCAUUAUCUGAUCUUUGGGCAAUGUGAAUCUUUGGAAAACAGAACAAUAGAAAAGCAGGAAAACAGGGACCCAUCCGUGUUGUCCAUUAAUAAAUCUCCAGCGAGCAAGUGGUGAGGAGAUGCUGGGCUCUCCUGGCAGAGCAGGUCAUAACCUCUCAUCCCUUCUUCCCUUUGGCCUUCUUCUGCCUCCCUCCUCUCCCUUUACGUGUUUAAAUCACUCUAUCAUGUUUAAUCUCCCUGUUACUUUGCUAAUCCCACGGAAUUCAGACACACACGAGGCACAGAAAAGCAUUCUUCUGUAGGCAUCUUUGCCCACCAAUUUUUGGUACCUGAGCGGUAGCCUUUGUCAUUCAUUCAUUCAUUCAUCCACCUAUCUGAAACAUUUUCAUUGUGUUCCUAUAAUGCUAACAGAGCAUUGACCGAGUUCCGUCACCAACCCCUGACACGACACCGUCGGCUCUGGGACUGUUCCACUGAUGACAGUUAGGUGGGUGCUUAGGUUGGGAAAAGGAGUGGCCACUGAAUGAAAGCGGAAUCCCUAUAAGAACUGGCAGUCCGAUGUUCUUAAAAACCACCUGGGGAGAAGCACGAGAAUUUCUCUUUCCGGAUUCACCCCCACUUCCUUUUUAAUGUGUGACUCUUUUCAUCUUUCUAAGCUCUUGGAGGAAAUAGAGGACAGCUUUGUACCCGUGCACUUGGGCACAUGGUCAACGAUGGUGAGAUUAAUGUUAGUAGCUCGUUGUGAAGUACGCCCCGGAACGGGGAGAAAUGUAAUCUCUCCUAAUAGGAUCUUUUCCACUGUCUGGGUCCAUACCCACUCUGAGCCCUAUUUUCCUCACCUGUAAGGUAAGCGGGUUGGACUCGUCAUCCCUUUCCCGGCUGUAAUUCCCUGUGGCCCAGACUGGCUGUUCAGCCAUAGAUUAGUGGCCAUUCAGUGUAACACGAGCAAAGGCUUGGGAAGAAAUUGAGUUCUGGGGGUAUCUGAUCAAAGGCGCUCCUGGGUGAAUGAGCCUGUGUGUGGGAUAGUAAUAACAUCAGCAGCGUUACUGACAGACCUGCUGGGGCAAAGAAAUGUGGACGAAGUGUCCGAAAGGAAGAGAAAAGGGUUAGGAGCCACGUCUGUCUCCCCUUCUUUCUGGUAAACAGCGUGCAAUUGAACCAUCCGGCGAGUCAGCAGAAUCCUUUAACUUUUUCCCAAGUCUGUCUUGCUCAUACUCAGGCACAAAAUGAUUGAUGCUUUAAGGGGGCGACUUUUAUUUUUCUCAUUACGUCGGAACAGCUUCUACGCGGCCGUAGUAUGGCAGGCGAAGUAUAACAUCUUAUGGCAAAAGUUAGCGGUAGUUUCACUGGAGGAAUAUUUGCACUUCAUUUUUUUUUCCUCCUGUAUUAAAUAUCUUGAACUAGUCAACGAGGAAGGCCCACUGAAUUGUCAAUGUCAUUCUCUUAGAGCGCUUUUCUCACUUCGUGAGAUUUUAACGUAACAUGGUUAACGUGCAUGCAGGGCCGAGUAGGAUGACAGGACAAUAUAGUAUCUAAACCGAGGCAUUUGUGAGCGUGUCAGGAGUGACUACUGUAAAUUUUUAAGCCAGGAAAACUGCCACAAGCCGGAAUGUCCUUGGCCCACUCUGUCCUAUGGUCCCACCAACUAGGACCAGAUCCUCUGUAAAUUGUUAUUAUAACCCCCGUAACAAUUUUACAGGGUUGCUACUGUUGUUUUUCUCAUUUCAUAGCGGAGGAAACUCAGACUUGGGUGGGUGAUGUUGAUUCUAAGUCCAAGGCUUCAAACCUCAUGAUUGGAAUCUGAACCCAGGACCCCAGAAGAGGCUGCUGCCGCCUAGCUCUAGGCUUUUGGCAGUCACCUGACUCCUUCCAGGUGCAACAGACACCCUCCCCCUAAUUGAUUUGCCCCAGUUGAGGAAGCAGAUUUUUAUCAAAUGUAUUCAUUUAUGAAAAGAAGCAUAUCAGAGUUCUAAGAUUAAAAAAAAAAAAUCGUAGUCACCUCUUUCAGCCCAUUUAUGUGGACACCCAAUGGUACGUAUCUCCCUUUUUUUUAUUGCUGGUUCUUUGAAAAUGUGGACAAGAAGCUUCAUGGAAUCGAUAAAAGAUAACUUUCAAAUAGUGUUGAUAUUCAGGAAAAAAUACUUAUUGUGUCUUUUUUUUUUUUUGGCCAUGCCUACAGCAUGCAGAAGUUCCCAGGCCAGGGAUCAAAUCUGAGCCACUGCAGUAACUCGAGCCACAGCAGGAACACAAACACAAACCACAGCAGGGACAAGGCCCAGUCCUUAACCAUUAGGCCACCGGGAAACUCCCCUGUUUUUUGAUGUGUCAUGGAUACAUACAUUUUUUAGAUUCAAAUAUGUUAUAUGUUGAAUGGCGUGGUUAAAAUGGAUAAUUUGUUCAUUUUAUUGCCAUCAAAGCAAGUGUGGCUUGCUCUGAAAUCUGUUGUAUUUGUUCCACCCCUGCUCUUGCUCUGUCUCCACUCGUGCCCCCGCCUUCCUCUCAGGGUUAAGCUACCCUUUAUUUUGGAUGACACUAUCACACACAUGAUUGAGUCAACAAUUUAUGGCUUUUAAAAAUAGGGAUUUUGUCCUCUCUUAGGUUUAUUGUUUAUCAUAAUCAUCUUUCAAGUGAAAAGGCUAAUUUACUCUUUCUAUAGGAAUAUUUUAAGCUUGAUUAUCAUAAUAUUACAGCUGCCUGAAAAGGUCUAAAACGGGACAUUGACCUUGAAUGUUUUCUGCAUUUAGCUCAUGGUGCUUAAUAUUCAGGAAAGAAUAUAACCGCAACUCAUUUAUUAAUGUAUAAUCUCCAGUGUUAACUAUGGCUCUGUAAAUACAUGCCAUGCAGAUUAUAGAAAGCUUGUAGGAUGCUAGAAAAUGCAUUUGAUGUUUUACCCGCUUAUGUCGGAAAUGCAACAUAACUAAAGUCAGUUUUCCCAUUGGAGCUACUGUAGUUUAUAAUUUAAUUUUUACUGACAUUUACUAUGUAUAUUAUUAGCUUGACAAAAUGAAAGUGAAGGAAUCCCAAUUAAUUAAACAGAACCCAAAAUGCCUCUAUUAGAUUCUCCAUCUCCCUUUGAUUCUGUUUUUUUUUUUCUCCCCACUUUCAUAAACACACUAGGAAAAGAGUUUGGUGUGUAAGGUAAUUGCUCCCCAGAGAAUGGGCUUUUUUUUUUUUUUUUUUUACAUGGACUCGGUAAUUUGGGAAUGGGAUAGAUUUAUAGGACAAGAGGUUUGUCAAAAGGAGAGGUUUUUAUUAGUGCUUCUGUGGAAGCGAUCAUUUUCAGUAGAAAUGAUUGCUUCUUGCCAAUGGAGACAAUAAUUUAAAUAUCAAAGCCUGUGCCCUAGAAAUGAAAGGCAACAGAAAAUGAGGUUUGAUGAAUUGAUAGAGGUUUGGUGGUGAUACAAAGUAGUCAGACUGACUUCCAACGAAGUCCUCGUGAUCUCAGCGGGCAGGGCUGAGCCUAAGCAGGUUUCUAGCGUAAAAGAAAUUCCAGAGCACAGAUGAGGAAACUAGGGACCGAUAAGCCAUCUGCUCAAAGGCACGCAGCUCAGAAAGGGGCAAAGAGGGGAUCCCAGGGUCUCGGCUUCUGUUUGUCCUUCGGGGUUCUUUUUCCAGGGAUGUUCCUGGUGGGUUUUCUUACGGAGUGAAAGAUAGUGGGUUGUUUUGUUUUUUUAUAGUGUGUUAUGUUAUAUCCCACACCAUGUAUCACAGGCAGCGGGGAAGAUGGUUCCAAAAGUUAAACAGCUUCUUUGAAAAGGUUUCAUGAUCUUGAGGGAGAAUCUGCAAAAGGAGAUUACAAGGCAAUUUGAAAAUCUAAAUUUGCAAUGGCUUGUUUAGUUUGAAAUAUUUCACAAAUGGCAAACGGGCGCUAUAAAAUCAAAAUUUGCUGCAGAAAUUGUGUGGCAACUGUAACCUUUUUUCAUAUAGAUGAGUCCUGUUAAUUUUCAGAAAAGGAAGGUGGGAAGAAAGAUAGCUAUUAGCAUGCAGGACUAAGCAUUUCUCAUCCCUUGUAGCAGCAUAAGAAUUCAUUGUGAGAAUGUUUCAGGAAAUGGCUCCAACUCAAGUACCAUAAAAUAUGCGGGAUAGACAACAGAAAUCUACGUUUUGUUUGCACUUGAGUUUUGUUUGUUGCCAUUUCAUUCUUUCAAAUGGAAAUGAAGUAUAUUUCUGCUUGGUGUCUGUGCUUUCCUUGAGGCCUGAGAAUGCAGUUGUUUGGAUAGUAAACUGCAUUGUUUAAAAAGAAAAGACUGAAAUUAUGCUUGGACCCAGGGUCAGAUGCCUAAUAGACUGAUAUUAACAAAUGCAUUAAUAUUCUUUGUGAGACGAUCGUAGGGGUCCUUUUGUUUGGUUCCAUUUAUCCUGCUUUGGGUUGACUCCUUGUGGUAAGAUUGUGAAGUGUCCAGACUGGUGAGCAAUAUGUGUUUAUUCUAGGCUCCUUAUCUGUUUGUUUCUUCUUCUUCUUUUUUUUUUUCCCUCCAAAUCUUUUGUAGUUGAGAUUCUUAACGACAGGGCUCAGUAUUGCUCAUGGUAUGUUUAUUUCCUGUAACUACCCACUCUUUCCUCCUUCAAGGUGAAAAAUCCUUGUGGCUGGGGAAGAUUCUUGAGAUGACUAAGCCCUGUGUUUAUAAAAUAUUCUGAAAGCUGUCUUGCAAGUUUAGUGCAGUAGAUAUGAUUUGAAAUUUUAAAUUGGUUAAACUGGAUUCAAGACAGUAGGUGUAAUCUUAGGUCCUUGACUUGUAGAGGUGACAUAUUGAUCCCGAGGGAAAAUACAGCUCCACAAACCUAGUGCACUUCUGGUCAUUCAGAAAGCAGCUAGCCCAGUGGACACUGCAUCUUGCAUAGAUGAAAGAUGCUUAGUGAAAGUCAGUGGGGAGCACGCCGUGUCUGUUUGUACAUGAAUCUCUGUGAGCCCAGAAAACAAUAUUCAUAUUGUACGUGAAUAUGAGUCUCAAAUCUAUUUAAAAAUACAUAGCGACAAAAUCAAAGGGUUCCUAAUGGGUCAAGUAAGUACCUUAAGAGAAUGAAGACAAUGCUGGGAAAUAAAAGAUAACUCCUGAAACGCGGGGGCUUCACAUCAUCGGUAAAUAACCGACUACAAAUCUUGUCUUUAAAAAGCUAUUUCAAAGGAGUAGUAAAGAGGUUCCUGUCACAGCAUGAAAAUGCAAAGAAACUGAAAAAGUACAGUAUUCUGCACAGGUGCAAGACCGGAAUGUGCUGAGUACAUGAAGAUGCACUGAGUAUAUGAAAUAAUUUUUAUUUUAAAAACAAGUCCCCGGACAAAAGAAGAAGGAAUUUUUUUUGGAUACAUCUUUUAAAAAAUGUGUAUAACUGGAUAUAUUAAUUACUCUGAGAAAUUUUAGUUUAUUCACAAAUCCAGAUAGUCAUCUUUGAACCGAACAUAUUUUUCUGUCUUUUUAAUGCAGUAUUAGUUUCCAUAUUUCCUCCAUCAUAUUUUAGAAAAAUCAUGUUUCUUUUUCAAAUGCCUUUUUAUUUAUUUUUUAAAUUAUAAAAUGAUUACAUGUCUCAUUUUCGAUUGAAUAGACACAUCUUUUUUUUUUUUUUUUUUUUCCGGGAGUCUGCAGAAUGGUGGGAUUUUCUACAUCUCAAAGCUCUUUUAAUUCACUGCUCACAACCAAAUUUACAUCUUAAUUGCAGAGUUCACAUUUAACAAUAUAGACAGCAUAAUGCUACUGGUAAUUAAGCUUUUUCUACCUGCUUUUACGCAGUAUUCCUAGGCACAGUUUCUGCUAUGUGAGUUCUCAACUAGAAACUUGUCUGCAUUUAGACCGCAAAUAAAAGGCAUCAGGCCCCUAUCUUAGAUAUGGCUAAAGACAUGGCAGGGAAAUUGCUUUCUUCUGUGGGGGGGAACCAAAUCAUGUCUGUCAUUUUUAUAUUCUGAAUGUUAAUGCAGCUGUUCUAUUUUAGGGUUUUGGUUUCUAAAGACCUAGAACAUUUGAGAGCGUGGCGAGAAAGAGUUGAGUUCUGAUCUAGUGAAUGUAAUACACACUGGACAUCUGAACUAAUUUAUUUUGAUCUCAAAGAUUAUACUAUUUAUAUCAUGUAGGACUUAAGACGCAAAAGGCUGGUAAGCAGUAGAGCUGAAUUACAUCAAAAUUGUGGGUCGUAAGGUAGCAGUUAUCUCUUUGCCAUAAAUAGCUGGUAGCUAUUCCCCUGUACAUUUGCUAGAAUAAAAAAUCCUGUAUUUAAAAACAGGACUUAGGAAAACUCUUUGUUAUAUAAAAACUAAAAACAUGCUUAUACACUAUUGGAGAAAAAAACACCCAUCUCUUAUAUUCUCUUUUCCUUAAAAAGCACUUCUGUUUGAAACUAGUCCUUAUAAUGACUAGACCAUGUGACAAUUCACAAAAUAGUUCUAAGUUGAUUUUUUUUUUUUAAGCAUUCAGGGUGUGUUAUGGGUGAUAGACAAAUAUGUAAACUGCAUUUUAUUUGAAAGCUGAUGUUUUGGGUAAAAAUCACAUAUAUUUGUAUACGUCUGCCAGUUUGGAAGCUUGUUUUGAAAUAAGUGUAUGAUUAAGGACACUUUUAGCAUACUGGCUAGGAAUGCUCUCCCUACCAAAAAAAAAAUAAAAAAUAAAAAAUUUAACAAGCACUCUUUAUUUGUCAAAAUAUAUGGAGAUGGGUUCCAUGUACUAUUUACCCUACAGCCCUCGGUCUCCGAACCCCAGAAACUGGAGGAGCCAAAAUCUGUUCUGCAGUUGUUUACCUUUGUUUUGAAAAUCUAUGCAUUGUAUAUUUGUAGGGAGAGAGAGAGUAGCAGGUAAAGAAAUGUUUACACAUAGAAUUUGCGUAGGCAUCUCUCAGAUUGCACAGAUGGGCUCUUUCCUCUUCUGUAGUUGUGUAAAACUGCAUUCCACCUCCAAGCUGACGUUCCCAGUUCACAUGCCCGCACAAUUUAGAAACGUGUCUUAAAAAAAAAAAAAAAAAAAAAAAAAAAGCCCAGUAGAGAUCCGGAAAACAGACAACAACACGAUUACGGAUAAAUGAGAAAGUACAGCACUAGAGAAGCAGGAGCCCCCAGUGGAAGCAAGGACAGACAACGGCAGGACAAACUUCAUUCUCUACCUUCCGCAGAAUCCUUUCCCCAUUUAACUGAGAGCCUGCGCGAGUUCUUCGGGUUCAAGGCACCGGAGACGUUAGGUUAGGAACCCCAGACAGAUCCCUCCAGUGCUUAGAGAGUUAAGUUAGUUAGGAUUCUUUUCUAGCUUCCCAGGGAAAAAAAGCAAGAAAAAGAAAGAAAGGGGGGAAAAGGAAAAAAAGAAAAAGAAAGCGCGAGCGAGCCGAGCACAGGGUCUGCCGGGAGCGUGGCGAUCUCUCGUCCUGGCUCUGGUUUUCUCUGGCGCUCGGUUCGCGGCCCCCCUGGCUUCUCUGCACCCAUCGUACCUGCCUGGCUCCGCGGCUCCUCGCAGCCUCCCGUCGCCUCCCUCCUGAUUGGGCAGAGGCCCCCCAAUCGGCUGCGCGCCUGGGCCGGUGGGACCGCAUAUGUUAAGCUCUACUUCAUAUUAAUAAGCUCCAAUCGGGGCUUUAAGUCCUUGAUUAGGAGAGUGUGAGAGCUUUGGUCCCAACUGGCUGUGCCUAUAGGCUUGUCACUAGGAGAACAUUUGUGUUAAUUGCACUGUGUUCUGUCAAGGAAACUUUGAUUUAUAGCUGGGGUGCACAAAUAAUGGUUGCCGGUCGCACAUGGAUUCGGUAGAACUUUGCCUUCCUGAAUCUUUUUCCCUGCACUACGAGGAAGAGCUUCUCUGCAGAAUGUCCAACAAAGACCGACACAUUGACUCCAGCUGUUCGUCCUUCAUCAAGACGGAACCCUCCAGCCCGGCCUCCCUGACGGACAGCGUGAACCACCACAGCCCAGGCGGCUCUUCAGACGCCAGUGGGAGCUACAGUUCAACCAUGAAUGGCCAUCAGAACGGACUUGACUCGCCACCUCUCUACCCUUCUGCUCCUAUCCUCGGAGGCAGUGGGCCUGUCAGGAAACUGUAUGAUGACUGCUCCAGCACCAUCGUGGAAGACCCCCAGACCAAGUGCGAAUACAUGCUCAACUCGAUGCCCAAGAGACUGUGUUUAGUGUGUGGCGACAUCGCGUCUGGGUACCACUAUGGGGUAGCAUCCUGUGAAGCCUGCAAGGCGUUCUUCAAGAGGACGAUUCAAGGUAACAUAGAGUACAGCUGCCCUGCCACGAAUGAAUGUGAAAUCACAAAGCGCAGACGUAAAUCCUGCCAGGCUUGCCGCUUCAUGAAGUGUUUAAAAGUGGGCAUGCUGAAAGAAGGAGUGCGCCUCGACAGAGUACGCGGAGGUCGGCAGAAGUACAAGCGCAGAAUAGAUGCGGAGAACAGCCCGUACCUGAACCCUCAGCUGGUGCAGCCAGCCAAAAAGCCAUAUAACAAGAUUGUCUCACAUUUGUUGGUGGCUGAACCGGAGAAGAUCUAUGCCAUGCCUGACCCUACCGUUCCCGACAGUGACAUCAAAGCCCUCACUACGCUGUGCGACUUGGCUGAUCGCGAGCUGGUGGUCAUCAUUGGAUGGGCAAAGCAUAUUCCAGGCUUCUCCACGCUCUCCCUGGCGGAUCAGAUGAGUCUUCUGCAGAGUGCUUGGAUGGAAAUUUUGAUCCUGGGUGUCGUGUACCGAUCUCUUUCGUUUGAGGAUGAACUUGUCUAUGCAGACGAUUAUAUAAUGGAUGAAGACCAGUCCAAGUUAGCGGGCCUUCUAGACCUAAACAAUGCCAUCCUGCAGCUGGUGAAGAAAUACAAGAGCAUGAAGCUGGAGAAGGAAGAAUUCGUCACCCUCAAAGCCAUAGCUCUUGCUAAUUCAGACUCCAUGCACAUAGAAGAUGUCGAAGCCGUGCAGAAGCUUCAGGAUGUCCUGCACGAGGCCCUGCAGGAUUAUGAGGCCGGCCAGCACAUGGAAGACCCUCGCAGGGCCGGCAAGAUGCUGAUGACGCUGCCGCUGCUGAGGCAGACCUCCACCAAGGCCGUGCAGCAUUUCUACAACAUCAAACUGGAAGGCAAAGUCCCCAUGCACAAACUUUUUUUGGAAAUGCUGGAGGCCAAGGUCUGACUAAACGCUUCUUGGGCCAUCCUAUCCUGCUCGCGGAAAAAGGGAAAAGAAACCCGAGAGCGAUGUCGAAGAAACUUAGAGUUUAGUUAACAACAUCCAAAAUCAACAAAGACUGCACUGACAGCUUAGCAGCAAGACUACGAAGCAGCUUUCAGAUUCCUCUGGGUCUCCCUGUUGAGUUUCUUUCCACCUUAAUCUCAUCUUUUCUCCCUUUUUUCCCCCUCUUUGUUUUUUCUCCCUCUCUCGUUCCUUCUCUCCUUUCUUUCUUGCUUCCUUCCUUGCUGGUUCCCUCUCUCUCCUUCCUUCCUUCCUUCCUUCUCCUAUUUUCCUGCCUCUUUUCUCAUCCUCCCCCUUUCUUUGGAACUUUAAUAGCUUUCAUUUUAAGAAAAAUGUCCUUCUCUUCCUUUCUUUUUCUCUCCCUUCCUCCCGCCUCCCCUCCCUCCUUUCUUCCUUCUUCCUCGCUUCCUUCCUUCUUUCCCUCUGCUGCUGAACUUUUAAAAGAGGUCUCUGAUUGGAGAGAUGGAAGCCAGCCCUGCCAAAGGAUGGAGAUCCAUACUAUGGAUACCAGUGAACUUCUUGUGAACCAUGACGUCCCCAGUGACUAAGGAAUCAAAGAGAGAGAACCAACGUACCUAAAAGUAGAGUGCAACAUACGCAAAUUGACAGAGUGCAGUAUUAGAUUCCACACGGAGCAGCCGCUAAUUAGACGACUUAAGCAACGUUGCAUCGGCUGCUUCUUAUCAUUGCUUUUCCAUCUAGAUCAGUUACAGCCAUUUGAUUCCUUAAUUGUUUUUUCAAGUCUUCCAGGUAUUUGUUAGUUUAGCUACUAUGUAACUUUUUCAGGGAAUAGUUUAAGCUUUAUUCAUUCAUGCAAUACUAAAGAGAAAUAAGAAUACUGCAAUUUUGUGCUGGCUUUGAACAAUUAUGAACACUAAUGAAGGACACAUGAAUCCUGAAGGAAGAUUUUUAAAAAAAAGUUUCGUUUCUUCUUACAAAUGGAGAUUUUUUUGUACCAGCUUUACCACUUUUCAGCCAUUUAUUAAUAUGGGGAUUUAACUUACUCAAGCAAUAGUUGAAGGGAAGGUGCAUAUUAUCACGGAUGCAAUUUAUGUUGUGUGCCAGUCUGGUCCCAAACAUCAAUCUCUUAACAUGAGCUCCAGUUUACCUAAAUGUUCACUGACACAAAGGAUUAGAUUACACCUACAGUGACUCCGCGCGGUCACGUGUGCAAGGACUGCACGUGGAGUACAGAUCCGUAGAAUUAUCAGGAAUGCACCUCUGCCUGGGAGGUCCAGUCGCCAUAUGAUUUCUAGCUGCCACCUCAGUUAGGAAUGAGCUUCUGCCUGUUUGCAAAGUUACAGACCUUGUCCCAGAAGGAGCUGUGAGCCAGUUUUCAUUUAAGAGGCAAUAAGGCAAAUGCCAGAAUUUGAAAAAAAAAAAAAAAAAUCAGAUCAAAUCAUCAGAGACAGCAGACGCCUGACCAAAUUCUCAGACAUAUGAGUUGAUUCAUUUAGGAAUGUUUGUUUUGAUUAAUCUGCCAUUUUUAACCAAGAGCUAAGCCAAUCUCUGUGUUUUUCAACCAAUAUUGUCACAGCAAGAAAGUCAGUCAGGUUCCAGACUGUUAAGAGGUGUAAUCUAAUGAAGAAAUCAAUUAGAUGCCCCCGAAAUCUACAGUCGCUGAAUAACCAAUAAACAGUAACCUCCAUCAAAUGCUAUACCAAUGGACCAGUGUUAGUAGCUGCUCCCUGUACUAUGUGAACAGUCUUAUUCUAUGUACACAGAUGUAAUUAAAAUUGUAAUCCUAACAAACAAAAGAAACGUAGUUCAGCUUUUCAAUGUUUCAUGUUUGCUGUGCUUUUCUGAAUUUUAUGUUGCAUUCGAAGACUGUUGUCUUGUUCUUCUUGUGGUGUUUGGAUUCUUGUGGUGUGUGCUUUUAGACACAGGGUAGAAUUAGAGACAAUAUUGGAUGUACAAUUCCUCAGGAGACUACCGUAGUAUAUUCUAUUCCUUACCAUUAAUAAGGUUCUUCCUAAUAAUAAUUAAGAGAUUGACGCUCCAAACACGUAUUCAUGACGAACAGAUACACAUCAAAAUCAUAAUAAUAUUUUCAAAACAAGGAAUAAUUUCUCUAAUGGUUUAUUAUAGAAUACCAAUGUAUAGCUUAGAAAUAAAACUUUGAAUAUUUCAAGAAUAUAGAUAAGUCUAAUUUUUAAACGCUGUAUAUAUGGCUUUCACUCAGUCAUCUCUCAGAUGUUGUUAUUAACUCGCUCUGUGUUGUUGCAAAACUUUUUGGUGCGGACACGUUUCCAAAACUAUUGCUACUUUGUGUGCUUUAAACGAAAUACCUUGGGUUGAGGUUUUAUCAACCUAGUGCUAGGAAUACUGUGUAUCUAUCAUUAGCUGUAUGGGACUGUAGCGUAGAUUGUGGUUUCUCAGUAGAGAAGUGACUGUAGUGUGAUUCUAGAUAGAUCAUCAUUAGCAAUUCAUUCAGAUGGUCAAUAACUUGAAAUUUAUAGCUGUGAUAGGAGUUCAGAAAUUGGCACAUCCCUUUAAAAAUGACAACAGAAAAUACAACUCCUGGGAAAAAAAAAAAAAGGUGCUGAUUCUCUAAGAUUAUUUAUAUACGUAAGUGUUUAAAAAGAUUAUUUUCCAGAAAGUUUGUGCAGGGUUUAAGUUGCUACUAUUCAACCACACACUAUAUAUAAAUAAAAUAUAUACACUAUAUACAUUGAUUUCACUGAAUCACAUUGAAGUACUUGGGCUUCAGAAGUAAGAGCCAAUCAACUGAAAACAUGAGAUGGAGAGAUGCAGAAAAAAAAAAAAAAAAAAGUACUGUUUUUAGGUUUCAGUUUAGUUGACUCUUGGCAUUACAAAAGAACAAGUAUCUUACAAAGAGAAAACACACCAAAAAUGUAGGUCUAAAAGAAUUGCACGGGCCUUAGGGCGAAUGCUCAUCUUAAACCUCGCUCGAGGGAAGUUUUUUCAAAUUUCAAGCAAGACCAUUUACUUAAUGUGAAGUUUUGGAAAGUUAUAAAGGUGUAUGUUUUAGCCGUAUGAUUUUAAUUUUUAUUUUGCUUCUUUUAGGUUUGUUCUUAUUUAAAGCAAUAUGAUUGUGUGACUACCUGUAGUUACACUCGUGUUUCAAUCAGAUCAGAUUGUUGUAUUUAUUCCACUAUUUUGCAUUUAAAUGAUAACAUAAAAGAUAUAAAAAAUUUAAAACUGCUAUUUUUCUUAUAGAAGAGAAAAUGAGUGUUGGUGAUUGUAUUUUAAUUAUUUAAGCGUCUCUGUUUACCUGCCUAGGAAAACAUUUUAUGGCAGUCUUAUGUGCAAAGAUCGUAAAAGGACAAAAAAUUUAAACUGCUUAUAAUAAUCCAGGAGUUGCAUUAUAGCCAGUAGUAAAAAAAAUAAUAAUAAUAAUAAAACCUUGUCUAUAGCUGUAGAUGGGCUUCACAUCUGUAAAGCAAUCAAUUGUAUAUUUUUGUGACGUGUACCAUACUGUGUGCUCCAGCAAAUGUCCAUUUGUGUAAAUGUAUUUAUUUUAUAUUGUAUAUAUUGUUAAAUGCAAAAAGGAGAUAUGAUUCUGUAACUCCAAUCAGUUCAGAUGUGUAACUCAAAUUAUUAUGCCUUUCAGGAUGACAGUAGAGCAAUAUUAAAACAUGCUUCCACUUUUGA